AUGGAGAUUUACGUUGGCACACCGCCUGCCAAGCAGGCGGUGAUGGUGGACACCGGGUCCGACAUCACAUGGAUUCAGUGUCGCCCAUGUGUGAAUUGUUUCGAGCAAAAUCAACCCAUAUUUAAUCCCGAUCAAUCAUCGUCGUUUAAAAGAUUGAGAUGUGAUUCAAAUGAGUGUCUUAAAUUAGGAUCCAAACGUGUUUGUACUCAACCUAAUUUAAAUUGUAAAUAUGGUUUAGCCUACACUGGAGGUUCAAGAAGCAAUGGAGAACUAGUCAAGGAAACUUAUAUAAUUGGCCGCACUUCCAUCCCAAACAUUGCUCAUGGGUGCGGGUAUAACAACAUAGGGACAUAUGAUGUGAAGAGCACCGGUAUGAUCGGUCUUGGAGAUGGGCCUCUAUCAUUCAUUACUCAGACUAAACAUUUGAUUGGUGGAAUGUUUUCAUACUGCCUAGUAUCUGAGUUCGGUUCAAACCAAAAUGCAAAGAGUAUGAUUAGCUUUGGAAAUAAUGCAGCCAUGAAUGAGAAUCAGCAUGGAGUUAUGUCUACCCCUUUGACGAAAAAGAGUGACAGCCCACAUUAUUAUCUCACAUUGAGAUCAAUCAGUGUAGGAUCUAAAUUAAUUCCAAUGAGAAGAGAAUCUGGUAACAUCAUGAUUGACACAAGUGCUAUUUUCAGCUAUUUGCCCUCGCAUGUGAUACAAAAAUUGAUGGAUGCCAUAAGAGAAGAGACUAAUGAGCCACCAAUAGAUGAUCCUAAUCCUAAUGAACUUUGCUUUGAUAUGGAGGCCAAUGUUCCUAUUAUCACCUUUCAUUUUUCGAAUAGCGCUAGCGUAGCGUUGUCAAAGAUGAAUGCUUUUUCUAUAAUCAGAGAUAUAUUGUGUUUUGAUAUUAAAAAAGACGAUGAACUAUCAGUAUUUGGGAGCCAGGCACAAACGGAUUUCUUGAUUGGAUAUAAUAUUCCUCGAAAGAAGGUCUAUUUCAAACCAACUGAUUGUUCAAGACAUGUUAUAACACCAUAUAGUUCAGAUGACUACAAUAAAAUCUAA